UUGCAAGCUUGCGACAUCUCGAAUUCCGAUCGAAUCCUGACAUCUGAUUGGUCAGAUUGUUUAUCCGUAUGAAAAGCGGUUUAGGAGCCAUUCAGGGUUUACAACAGCAAACCCCAGUGAUUUAUCCAGAUAACCUCACGUAACUAUUUGCUAGCUACAGCUAUAACUAUUUCUUCCAUAAAGCUGCAGAGGUUAGUGUGGCUCGUGUGCAGGCUGAGGAGGUGCAGCUUCAGCAAGGGGUGAGGGGAGGAGAGGGGGGAGGAGGAGGUGGAGGAGCUGUCUUUGAAGAACCAGCAGGAGCCAGGCCAUAUCAGUACACCUGCUCAGCUGCAGGAAGAGCAGGACCAGCAGGGCCCCACACUGGAGACAACAGAGGACCACACACAGCAUGCAGAGGUAGACUUACUGUGUGCCAAAGAGGGGAUGCGAUGUGAAUACUGAACACAAUGGAUGAGUGAAUGUCUGAUUGAAUCAAUGCAAGAUUUCUUGGGGUCUGGUUUUGUAGAGCAUCAUCGAAAACCUGCAGAGGAAGAUCACGUCACUAGAGGGCGCUAUCACCAAAGUGACACCUGUAAGACCACGACUGAUACCACUAUAUUGCAAUCUAAUUCAACAGGCAUAAAGAAAAUAGUAUAAUCAAUAGCCUACAUUUACCAUCCACCCUGGCUUCUGGGUUCUGGGCUAUGUCUCAGGAUAGCGAGUCAGCAGACACUGAACCAAUAGAACUUGAGACCCAGCUGAACCCCACAGUAGAGCAGAAUCAGGAGCAGGACCUGCAGGCCUUACUGGACCAGUUGCACCAGGAGAGAGACAGUCUGAACAGACUGGUGCAGAAGCUCAGCCUCACAGAGAGAGAGCAGGUCCUGUUCACAGAGCCAGGCAGCAGGGGGAAACGUGGCUCUCGUCUGGACAGCUUCUUGCGGAGCGUGGAGGAGGAGAGGGACUACUACAGACAGGAAGCAGACAGCCUGAGGAGGAUGCUGAGGAGCAGGUGCUCCUGUAGCCCCUGUCGGGGGCACCUCCAGAGCCGCAGCCCCACCCGCCAGUCCCCUGUCAAGGGGGGCAGCUAUGAUUCUGAGCUGAUCAGGGUCUUGAGAGAGCGGGACGAGAUGCAGAACAUGCUGGAUAAGUAUGAGCGCCACCUGUCAGAGAUCCAGGCCAACGUGAGAGUUCUGACUGCCGACAGAGACAAGACCAGCAUGCACUACCAGCAGGCCCAGCAGGAGGUAGCAUCGCUGCGUCGCGAGGUACUGAAAUCCAAGUCGUCGCGCGCAGCUAAGAGCAGUGUCACUGUGUCGGCUCAGAGCAUCCUGAAGCGCGUGGAGGCGGAGAGAGACGAGGCCAAGGUCGACCUCCACCGUAUGAGCACAGAGAGGGACAGUCUCAGGGAGAGACUCAAGAUCUCUCAGGAGACAGCCAUCAGUGAGAGGGCUCAUCUGGAGCAGAGGGUGGAGGACCUGCAGACAGCCAUUCUCACUCUGGAGCAUGAGCGGGGGGACCAGAAGAGCCGUCUUGCCCUGAUGAGGGAGUCCAUGAUGGGGCUGGAGGAGGAGGUCCACACCCUGGGCAGGAAGCUGACCGCUGCUGAGGACGAACACAGCAGGACCAAGAACGAGUGUGUCAUGCUGAGACUGUCCAACAGUGAGACACAGAACACCCUGAGUGACAGCCAGCGCAGACUGACCUCCCGCAUCGGAGAACUACAGAACUCCCAGGAGAGGAUCAAACUGCUGGACGAGAAGAACGACUCUUUACUGAGGCAGAUGUCUGGUCUAAGAGAGGAGGUGAGCAGUCUACAGUCCACCAUCACUGACCUGGACCAGAGGAGAGACUCCCUGCAGGAGCAGCUGGAGAACAAGACUGACCUCCUUAACUCAGCCCACAACCAACUGGACGACAAAGAGAAAACCAUCAGGAAUCUCAGGUUGUCCAUUGAGGAUCUGGAGACAUCAGCAGAGAGCGUUCGUGAGGAGCUGGCAGGGCGGGAGAUGGAGCUGGAGGCUUUGAGGAGGAGGCUGGGGGAUGCGGAGGAGGAGCUGGGAGCUUUGGCCAAGGUGAAGGAUUCCACCCUGAGGGAGAAUGCUCAACUCCAAGAGAAACUGGACAUGAGCCGCCUCAACAACCAGGCCCUGGAGCUGAAUUCUGAGGACUCUGCCCAGGAGGUGAAUGAGCUGCAGAGGAAGGUACAGGACUAUGUGGCUGACAUCUCCCGCAUCGAGAACCUGCUGUCCACCAAGGAGCGGGAGUGCAGGGAGCACCAGGAGGCUCGGCGGCGUGCGUCGGCCCAGGCCGAGAGCUGGGAGGGGCAGGCGCGGCAGGCGGAGGGGAGCAUCAGCGAGCUGAGGCUGGAGCUGAUGUCCUCAGACAUGGAGAGACACAGACUCAAGGAGAAGGUGGAGGCUCUGGAGGCCAGUCUGCAGGAGGCGUUGUCUGCAGAGCGGAGCUGCAGCAGCCAGGUGUCUCAGCUCAACAGGAGUCUGCUGCACACUGAGGAGCAGUUGAGACAGACCCAGGGGGAACACACCGCCACUCAUACUGACCUGGAGAAGACCAGGGAGCUCUGUGUCAAACUGGACUCCAGCAAGGAGGCUGUGCAGUGUGAGCUGGAGCUGCUCAGGAAGCAGCUGUCCAGUGAGCGUCUGAGCAUGAAGAGCCUGGAAUCCAUGCUGGUGUCCACCAGGGAGAAGGAGCUACACCGACAGCUCAACUCCCAGGAGAGACACACCGAGAUCCAGCUGCUCAGGGACAAACUCACCGCGGCCGACAGCAAGGCGAGCUCUCAGCGUAGAGAGGUGGCUACAUUGAGUACUCGUUCGGCACAGCUAGAGGCUGACCUGGACAUGACCAAAAGACAGCUAUCUACUGAGCGGUUUGAGAGGGAGAGGGCAGUGCAGGAGCUGCGUCGUCAGGGUCUGUCGUCAUCGUCCUCUGGCCUGCAUCCCUCCUCCCCUCACCUGCGUCGCUCCCUCAGCCCCAGCAGGCCCCUGUGGUCCACCCCAGACCACCUGGCCAGAGAGAGAUCCCCAGAGAGGAGCCUGGGGUUCAAGGACCUCUACGACUGAACAGAUCUCUCUCUCUGGAGGAAAGAUAACCCAACCUUCUCUCUAGUCCUCACUGUGCUAUGAUGUCAUUCUUCAACUCAAACCUGUGAUGUCAUGAUCAGGACCUCAGGUUCAGAACAACCCUCCUAGACCGGAAAUAGUUUCAACAAGUGUUAUCUCAAAUGUAUUUUUUAUUCAAUUGUACAAAUGAACUGACAUCACUGUGUUUGGUUGUGUGUAUUGAUCUGUAAAAUGUGUGACCAUUCAGUAUAUUUUUGAUGAAGAUUUGAUUCAAAUGAAUUAUAGCUAAAAGAGGGAAUGAUGUUCUUUCAUUAAUGUAUUCUAUUUUUUGUUCUGGUUUACUUUUCAGUCAUAAGUCAGUUGAACCUUGCCGAAUGGUACUGUAGGCUACAUGUUCAACUGGCCACUCAGUGUGUCUCUUCCCCUGGAAUGCUUUGUUCUCUAAAUCAUAGAUGGGAAACUGGUGGUCUGCACAGCCCCCCUUUGUAGGCCUGCGGAUCAAUUUACAAAAUGUGUUAUUUAGAUUUAUUGUUGCUGGGGUCUCAACUUACUGUUGAGAGUUAGAAUAGUAGACGGUGCAAUUGUGCAUCAGUAGUUUUUCUCUUGUAAUGUCAGUCACUGACGGUCACUCAAUUAGCCCGUCAGCAAAUUUGAGUUAGGAUUGGUAAAUUAGUCGAGCCAUCUAAAUUUAUAUUAAUCUUGGUCAAAUUACCGACUGGGGGCCCCCAUUGAUAAUGUUAUUCACUCUCAGAUAUAUUAAAAACUGCAAUUAUUUCUCUCCAAUCUAUGGCAAAAUUAAUAGAAUUGCAGGAAAUUAGCUGUAACUGCUCAUUUUUCUCUGCCCCAUUGCAUAAGAGCAGAAUUGCAUGAAAUUAGCCUAGUGGUUAGAGCGUUGGGCCAGUAACUGAAAGGUUGCUGGAUCGAAUCCCCGAGCUGACGAGGUAAACAAGGCAGUUAACCCACUGUUCCCCGGUAGACCUUCAUUGUAAAUAAGAAUUUGUUCUUAACUGACUUGCUUAGUUAAACAAAAGUUAAAUACAUUUUUUUUACAUAAAAUAUACAAUUUCUAAGUCUUCUCUCAGCCCAAUGGCAAAAUGUUUAUAAUUGCCUCGAUCUUGCUUUAAAACGGCAACAUUUUCUCUUCGCCCAAAGGCAAAAUGUGGAAAACUGCAGGAAAUGAAGUGAAACAUAAAUGUUUUCUCUCUGCUGCCACUAAAAUGUUUUGCUCACAA